AUGGCUGAGGCCAGUAUUUCAGUAGAUCAGGAUCAGUUCAUCUGUCCAGUGUGUCUGGAUCUCUUGAAGGAUCCGGUGACUAUCCCCUGUGGUCACAGUUUCUGUAAGGUGUGUAUUAAUGGCUGCUGGGAUCAGGAGGAUCAGAGUGGAGUUUAUAGCUGUCCUCAGUGCAGAGACACUUUCACUCCAAGGCCUGUUCUACGCAGAAACAACAUGCUGGCUGAAGUGGUGGAGAAACUGAAGAAGAAGACUGAAGUCCAAGCUGCUUCUCCUGCUCACUGUUACACUGGACCUGGAGAUGUGGAGUGUGAUUUCUGCACCGGGAGAAAACACAAAGCCGUCAAGUCCUGUCUGAUGUGUCUGGCCUCCUUUUGUGAAACUCAUCUGAAACCUCACUAUGAAGUUCCUGCUUUAAAAAAGCACAAGUUAGGCAAAGCUUGUGGAAAUCCACAAGAGCAGAUCUGCUCUGAACAUGAUAAAGUGCUGGAGAUCUACUGUCGUACUGACCAAAGCUUCAUCUGUUAUCUGUGUACGAUGGAUAAACACAAAAGCCACAACACCGUCUCAGUUAAAGCUUACAGAACUGAGAAAGAGAGUGAGUUAAAGGAGGAGCAGAUGAAAUUCCAGCAGAGAAUCCAGGAGAAGCAGAAGAAGGUGCAGGAGCUGAAACAGACUGUGAACACUAUAAAGAUCAGUGCACAGACAGCAGUAGAUGACAGUGAGACGAUCUUUACUGAGAUGAUCAGCUCCAUGGAGAAAAAGCGCUCGGAGGUGACGGAGCUGAUCAGAGCUCAGGAGAAGGCUGAACUGAGUCGAGCUGAACGACUCCUGGAGCAACUGGAGCAGGAGAUUGCUGAUCUUCAGAGGAGAGUCACUGAGAUGGAGCAGCCUUCACACACACAUGAUCACAUCCACUUCCUCCAGGAAAUAAAGACUUUUGUCUCUGGUUGUCGCUCUCCACCAACCGAUAGACCAAAUUUUCAGUCAGAUCUCUGUGACGACUCAUCCUGCAUCACUGUCAAUCAUCUCUCAUUUGAUGGAAUGAGGAAAUCUCUGUCUAGUCUGAAAAAGAGACUGAUGGACAUCUUCCAGGAGGAAUUCAUCAAAAUCCCUGAACAUGUUGAAGAAGUUCAGAUUUUACCCUCAGAGCCAAAGAGAAGAGAAGAGUUUCUGAAAUAUUUCUGUGAUCUGACUCUGGAUCCCAACACGACACAUCCUCACCUCAUUCUGUCUGAGAAGAACAGAGUGGUGAGAUACAGCAAGAGAAAGCAGCAGUACUCUGAUCAUCCAGAGAGAUUUGACUCCUGGUUUCAGGUGCUGAGUAAGGAGAGUGUGUGUGGACGCUGUUACUGGGAGGUGGAGUGGAGCGGUGUUGCUGAUGUGUCCAUAUCACUCUCAUAUAAAGACAUCAGAAGGAAAGGACAGGGUAUUGAGUGUGUGUUUGGACGCAACAAUCAGUCCUGGAGUCUGCGAUGUUCUUCUUCUUCUCUCACUUUCCAUCACAACAACAUUAAGACUGAUCUCAGAGUUCCAUCAUCCUCCAGAAUAGGAGUUUAUGUGGAUCACAGUGCAGGAACUCUGUCCUUCUACAGCGUCUCUGACACCAUGAAGCUCCUCCACAGAGUCCACACCACAUUCACUAAGCCUCUAUUUAGCUGGAUUUAG